CCUAAACAUCCAGCAAACACGUCCUGAUUGAACGAACCCCUUCUCUCCCUCGAAUCUUGGAAUCCCGCCAACACAGACACUUGUCUUAUCCCUGCAUACCUGUAUACAUUAGGUGAGUAAUAUUCUUCCACACUUUUAGUCCGUCAAUUUGUCUUUUUGCCGACCCGGUGCCACACUCCCCCACAAUCGUAUCUUCAGAUUCCUAUCGACCUGCACCUGCCCACCAUCGACACCGGCCCUUCUAGAUCCCAAUCGCAAAGCGGCCAUGCUAACCCCUUAGAUUUACCUUUGGGAACCCCCUCUUCCAGCCAAAUACGCGAUAACUACUCUUGCAAUGGCUGUCGAGACUGCUCCCACUUCUUCGCCCGUGCCCAUUGCGGACCUCACCAAGAUUGCUUCCGAGGCCUGUGACUCCGCCCUAAACGGCGUCGAGGGAUACGAGCACACCCAAGUCGGAGAAUGGAACUCCCAGAUCAUUAACACCAUCCUCAAAGCUCUCAUCGCCGCUACCGCUCCGUCCGCCCCCUCGGCAUCCGCCCCAUACCGAUUCACCGUGAACAGCACCAUUGUGCAACAAGGCCUGAUCGACAAGACUGCCGCUGCGGAGGGUGCCGCCAGCAACACCGGCAAGCGCGGGAUGCAUUCUGCCUCCGGCGCGUUCUGGGACGUCAACCGGGAUGGAAUGUGGACAUUCAAGUACCCUGGUGCAGAUGAACGGGGUCUGGAUGUUGUUGUGAGUGUAACAUGGUUCGCCGUCAACUAAAUCUAAGCAUUAUCAAACUUGACGGGGGCAAAAUGAAAGACAAAAGAUUAUUUGGUAUAUUUGGUGGUUCUUGUUGUUUUAUUUUUCUAUUGGUUUCUAAAGGCCCAUGAUUGUUCAUGGUUUAUUCUUUUUUUCCCGUUCGUUUCGUAUUUUUUAUUGUUGGUUUACCGUUUUGCUUUGGGAGCAAGGCGCCAUGAGCCAGAUGAGGGUUUCUGUCCUGUCGUUUGUUCGGAUGAAUUUUUUUCUCGGGUGAGCCUUAUACCUUGUGUUUCUGAUCAUAUCCAUACAUAUGUAGAGAAAUAUAGAAAGAACUGUACAGAUCGACUAUUAUACGUAUAUUCUUCAGUUCAUAUUGGAUAUACCA